GCUUCCGUGUGGCCGAGCGCCCUCUGGACGAGCCGAAGGGCUGCUGCUGCUUCUGCUUGCCUUCCAAGGCCUACAAGGGCGGCGUCUUGAAGCGAGGACUGAAGCGCUUCGCCGAGAUUAUUACGACGCCCGUGGGCCAGAUCGUCACCUUCGCAGUCUUCCUUGGCGUGGCCAUUGCGGGAGUCUACGGAUCCACACUGAUCUACAAGGACGAUGCGCCGUAUUUGGGUAG